AAGUUUGUCAGCAAAUAUUGGAGUUACUAAAUGAAUGCUGCGAACAAGUAGAAGACACCCUUGGACUCGAUAUUUACCAUAAUCAUUUCUCUUACACGAUGUACCUUGAUCUUUAUGCUUAUCGACUACCAUCAAGAAGAAUACAGUAUGUGUGUCAAUGCAGUCCUUCCAGUAAAGUCCAUUACAUUAAAGACAUUGAUGCUAAGAAGCAGACAAGCUCUGAUCUUGUUUACUGCAAAAUGAAAAGAAUUCCUCGCCCCCUAACCAUUAAUGAGUCACUAUGGUUUAAAGGAAAUUUGUCACAAGAAAAACACCAAGAGACGCCACAUUUGGAAAAGAUUAAUGAAGAUAGUACUAAGCCAACAAUUCAAAAGGUCAAAUUAGCUACAAUUCACUCACCCACAGAGAUCAUUGAGUCCAAUGAUGAUCAACAAAAAGUCAUAUUGACUAUCAGGAAUCUGGUAGAUAUUGUUCAAGUGUUAAAAGAUGGUUCCUUUCAAGCUAUCAAAUGGUUUGAUCUUGGUCUCUACUUGGGUCUGAUUCAUAAUGAUCUCAAGGUUAUUGAGACUAACUAUCCACGAGAUGCUGAGCGAUGUCUCAGAGAAUGUUUAGCAAAAUGGCUUACAGAUGAUAUUGAAGCAACAUGGGACAAACUAGCUAUUGCUGCUGGUGAAGUAAAAGAGACAUCAGUAGCUGAAUAUAUAAGAUCAACAAAAGAACUUUAAUGGUAUGCCAGGAUUUGAAAUUAAUUAAAACUAUAGUUACAUUGUUACAUUAGAAUAAACUUAUAAUUAUUAGUAGUUGCCAUUUUUAGUGUGCAAUGCUUAAGCUGCUGGAAUGUAGUUCUUAAGUAGUUAUUAUGCCAUUCGUUAUGUAAUUAGCUACUUUAUUAUAGUUGAAUUAUAUUUUAAAA